AUGCUGGUGCAGGCCACCACCACCAACGCGCAGCCAAUCAAAGUUCCCCAGUUUGUCCCUCCUCCUAGACUGACGCCUCGACCCACCUAUCAGCCACAGGUCAGGCCCAAACCGGUGGCGCCCACAAACGUCCCGAUCGCCCCAGCCCCGCCCCCCAUGAUGGCGGCCCCCCAGCUGCUCCAGCGGCCCGUGAUGCUGGCUACCAAGCUCGCCACCACGUCGCUGCCCUCGGCCACGCCCAUCCACCAGGUGCGCAUCGUGAACGGCCAGCCCUGCGCCAAGACGGGCUCCACGCCGCUCGCCGGGAUCGUGAUCACCGCACCCGUGUCUGCCGCCGCCACGCGCCUUGCCAGCCCCGCCCACGCGCCCUCUGCGGUCCCCAUGAGCGCGCAGCCCAUUCAGAUCAGCAGCAUCACAGCACAGACCAAGACUGUUAAAGCUGUGAGUGCAGUCGAGCCAAAGGUCAUCACUCCUGUUCCGUCCUCCGCGACCCCUCCUCCCACCCCCAGGCCCAGACGAGAGGAGAACCCUGAGAAACUGGCUUUCAUGGUGUCGCUAGGCCUCGUAACACAUGACCACUUGGAAGAAAUCCAAAGCAAACGACAAGAGAGGAAGCGACGGACAACAGCCAACCCAGUUUACAGCGGAGCAGUGUUCGAGCCCGAGAGGAAAAAGAGCGCUGUGAGUUACCUGAACAGUCCUCUGCACCAAGGAACGAGGAAGAGAGGUCGUCCACCCAAAUACAGCAGCAUCCCGGAGCGGGGCAGUCUCACCCCGACCUCCCCCUCCAGCCCUGUCCGCCCCCUCCCUCUGCCCAGCCCGAGCUCUGCGGAUGGAGACAUCCAUGAGGACUUCUGUACUGUGUGUAGACGCAGUGGACAGUUGCUCAUGUGCGACACAUGCUCUCGUGUUUAUCACCUCGACUGCCUGGAUCCACCUUUGAAAACCAUUCCUAAAGGCAUGUGGAUCUGUCCAAAAUGCCAAGACCAGAUUUUGAAAAAAGAAGAAGCCAUUCCCUGGCCCGGUACGCUGGCCAUCGUGCAUUCGUACAUCGCGUACAAAGAAGCUAAAGAAGAAGAGAAGCAGAAGUUGAUGAAGUGGAGCUCAGAACUAAAACUGGAGCGAGAACAACUGGAACAAAAAGUCAAACAACUCAGCAACUCUAUAACAAAAUGCAUGGAGACCAAAAACGGCAUCUUGGCUCGACAGAAAGACAUGCAGCAUUCCUUGGACAAAGUCAAACACUUGAUCCGCCUCAUACAAGCCUUUAACUUGAGCAAGGCGCAGAAAGAGGCCAAAGAGAGCCUUCCUAAGACCAAUGACAGUCUAGUAGUCCCCGCAUUCCCGGCUCCACCUAAGCCCAAAGUCAUCCAGAACUCUGCGGCGCCUGCCCCCCCUCCCCCCACAGACUCCAGCGUUAGCAACAGUCAAGAGAAACACAACGUCACGUCCAACAGCGUGCCCGAGGUGGUCACGGCGGUCAGGGACGUCACAGAGGUCACGGAGGAGAAGCCUAGCAGCGUCCCGUCUGCGAAUAUUGUUGGACAGGAGGCCGAGAUAGACACGCCGCCCGUAGCAGACACACAGGCUCUGACGGGGGACGACACCACGCCCACGGAACCCACCGCCAUCACCACCAACGGGACGUCCGAGCCUGCCUGCCCGAGCACCAACGCCAACAGCCCGUCCUCCGAGACCAAGAUGGCCACCGCGGUCAUCUCCGCAGACGCCACCGACUCCCAAGAGGCUCCUCCCAACAACAACAACAACAACAACAGCAAAACCUCAGCACCCUCCCAGCACUGCUUGCCGGCGCUCGUCAACAGUUCGGACACUGACAAGUAA